AUUCAGCUGAGAGUGAGGCAAACCAUGGCGUCCAGCGAGGAGGACGGGGCCGGCAGCGGCUCGCUGGAGGAGAAGGAGAAGGGCAGGAAGAGGCGCCUGGGCGCGUUGGCCACGGCUUGGCUCAUCGGCUACAACAUCGCCAUGACCGCCGGGUGGCUGGUAUUGGCUAUUGCCAUGGCACGAUUUUACAUGCAGAAAGGAACAUACAAAGGCUUAUACAAAACUAUUCAAAAGACACUUAAAUUUUUCCAGACAUUUGCUGUGCUUGAGGUAGUCCACUGUGCAGUUGGAAUAGUUCGCACCUCUGUGCUUGUGACUGGGGUCCAAGUGAGUUCAAGAAUCUUCAUGGUGUGGUUUAUAACACACAGUAUAAAACAGAUCCAGAAUGAGGAGAGCGUUAUUCUUUUUCUGGUCGUUUGGACUGUGACAGAGAUUACACGAUAUUCCUUCUACACAUUCAACCUGCUCAACCAUUUGCCAUACUUCAUUAAAUGGGCCAGAUACAACUUUUUUAUCAUCUUGUAUCCUGUUGGAGUUGCUGGUGAACUUCUAACUAUUUAUGCUGCAUUACCUUAUGUGAAGAAGACAGGCAUCUUUUCACUGAGACUUCCCAACAAGUAUAAUGUCUCUUUUGACUACUACUAUUUCCUUAUUAUUGUCAUGGCCUCAUAUAUACCAUUGUUUCCACAACUCUACUUUCAUAUGCUGUGGCAGAGAAGAAAGGUGCUUCAUGGAGAAGUGAUUGUAGAAAAGGACGAUUAA